AUGUCGCGCCAGCGAGCCUUAGCGCAAGCCCUAGACAGAGCAGAGGAGGUCAUGGCGAGAGCCCAGCAGAGACCCCCUGCCAGGAGAGUCCCACUGUCUGAGGAAAAAUCUCUCCAUGACAAGCUUUAUGACAUUUAUGUUGAAGAAUGCGGCAAAGAGCCCGAGGCCACCGACGAACUCACAACCAAUGUCAACCUGCUAGAGAAGCUGGUGAGUAGAGAGUCGUUGCCAUGCUUGGUGUUCAAUCUGUACCCAAGAGAACAGGGCUAUUCUAUCAUGCUGGAUGACAAGAGUGGGUCCUUAGCAGAGCCCAUUUCCCUGCCCUAUCAAGAGGAUCAGCUGCUGGAGUAUUUGGAUGCGCAACAGUUACCACCUGUUCUGCUUGACGUCCUGGACACAUCUCAGAUUAACAUUUUCCAUAGUGGGUGUGUCAUAGCAGAAAUUCGAGACUACAGGCAGUGUGUGGGUGUGGGCUCUGCUGCUCCCAGAAGUAAGCAUGUUCUCUUACGUCCAACACUGCAGACUUUGGUGUGUGGUGUAGAGGCCAUUGUAAGAGACAGCCCUUCAUCCACCCAGCAAGAGAAGCCCACUUGUGAGAGGCAACUGACUUUGCCUAUGUCAGAACCAGUGUUUCUGGAUCCCUCUGUGGCAGUAGCCUGCACUGACAACAGACUGCUAUUUACCAUGCACAAGAUGAACACUGCACCAAUGCAACAGUGUUUCAAGAGGCAUUUGCAGCCAAACCUGAGCCUGUUGCAUGAAUUGUCUCAAUGUUCUCCUCCACCUGACUUCCGAGUACUGACUAUUUGCAAAAAAAUGGAAAGGAAUAUGGGUCAAGAAUAUAACCUUAGGAUCACAUCACAGAAUUAUGUAGACACAUGGAAACAGAGACGCUGUGACCUGACUGUGCCUUCUGAAAUUGAUGUGGAAAAGUAUGCCAAGGGAAAAGAGGGUCCCUUACCUGGUGAUGUGCCACGGCAUUGCUGGCCACCUCUUGUGAUGGAAUAUGAUAGUUUGUUUGAAUAUGAACCUGAGGUUCAGCCAUGGGAAACAGACCCAAGCAUUGUGUUGACAAAUGAUGAUCCACUUUGGUGUGAUAUGGUAGAUCCACCAAAAUUUUCCACACUCAUGAGUUUUAAGCCUCCUGCACAGGUCUACACAUGUGACCAUUCUGGUGGUCUCAUGGCUGCGUUAAAGACUGAUGCUGGGAGGGCAGUCAGCCCAUGUCAGGAGUCUGUUCAGAGCACAGCUCAAGGUGCAGGCAAGAUGGCCUCCAGUGCCUCAUCCAGUGUCAGUCAACCCUCUCCAGGGGCAAAGCCACAGCAGCCUGCAACCUCAGUGUCAAAGAAGUCCUCAGUAUCUGGAAAGGAAGUGAGCCCAGAAGUUCUACAGGUCUCACUUGCCUCCAGCUCUGGACUGUGUUCAUCAGUUCAAGAUUCCUCCGUGCUACAGUUCAGCAGCUCUCAGAUGUUCCCAACUCUUCUUCCUAGUCCCAAGGCAGACAGCAUUUCUCAGGAGAGUCCCCUGGAUGUCAGAGGAGUUAGGUCACCUCCUCCUUCUGCUCAGCUUCUUGCUAGCAGCUCUGAAGGAACCCUUGUGACCCAGAACCCAGCCAGCUCCACUAGCCUGGAUGUCGUCAGUGAGGUGGGCCCUGUGCAGGGAGCCCCAGGUUUGAGAUUCCAGGUUCCUCCUGCCCUGCAACAACAACUGCAGCCCCAUGAGGAGAUGCAGGUGCAGGUGCAGGUGCAGGGGGCUGUGUCCAGUGCCUCUGGUGACAGUAGCCACACAGACCACUGA